AUGCUCCUCCUAGACUAUCAGAAUGUCUAUAUACAAUCUGUGCUCACCGAGCGCUUCUCAGGUGCCCCUCCAGCUUCGAUCGACCAGACAGUCUCCGACUUCGAUGGAGUUACUUUCCAUGUCUCUACACCUGAAUCAAAGUCCAAAAUUCUAGUAUCUCUCCAGAUUAAGUGCUACGACGAGCUUGUCAAACACGGUGCAACAAAGGUCCUGGAACGAGAGUAUGGGUCUUACGUCGUUCCACCAGAGAAUGGAUACGACUUUUCAGUCCAGGUGGACUUGGACAACCUGCCGAAAGAUCAGGGCGAACGGGAUGCAUUGAUUCGAAGCAUUUCGCUACUGAAGCGCAACGCCGUGGCUGCACCAUUCGAGCAAGCUUUCGAGGAACAUCACGCUCUCCACGAGGAAUCAUCUAAAUUUACAUCCGAAGAAGCUCCGCAGGGCGUACGGGAGGGUGGUGAGGUUAAAGCUAUCCACUACCGCGAGGAGGAGGCUAUUUAUAUCAAAGCCAGCCACGACAGAGUCACUGUCAUUUUUAGCACUGUAUUCAGGGAAGAGACGGACAGAGUGUUUGGCAAGGUAUUCAUACAGGAGUUUGUUGACGCCAGACGAAGGGCGAUACAGAAUGCGCCGCAAGUACUGUACAGGACGGACCCCCCUCUCGAGCUCCAAGGUGUUCCAGGAGUAAAGGACUCCGGCACGGGUGAGAUUGGCUACGUUACAUUUGUUCUGUUCCCCAGGCAUCUUACGAAACAGCGACGAGACGAGGUUAUUUCGCACAUUCAAACCUUCCGUGACUACUUCCACUACCACAUCAAAGCUUCCAAGGCAUAUAUUCACUCGAGAAUGCGUAGACGGACGGCCGACUUCCUCCAGGUAUUACGACGUGCACGUCCAGAGAACGAGGAAAAGGAGCGCAAGACUGCUAGUGGCCGGACAUUCAAAGUGCAGGGGAACUGA